AGGUGGCUUUUUGAGAGCAUAUGCUACGGGUUUCCAAGGACCACAAAUGCUGUGUUUUUUUUUUUAAUUAUUAUUAUUUAUUAUCCUUUCACUGUUUCUUCCCUUGGAGAGGGGGCUGGGAGGGAGGAAGGAAAUGGGUUAAACCACGUGAAUCAAAGUUGGUAGAAAAUGAGAAAGGCAUGCUAUCAAAUUUGUGUAAUGGGAGGAAGAUUGAUAGAUGAAAUGAGCUGCAUUGUUUCAACCUUGCACCUACAGUAAUUUCUCAUCAAAUUUGCCAUGUCAUGAAGUCUUGAUCUCCAGCUUGUGGAAUCUGAGGGAAAGCAAAACAAUAAGAUUUUUUCCAGUUUCUUCACAUUCUACUUAAAGAGAAGGCUUCUCUCACUGAAGUCAUCGAAUCAAUGGCUUCCACCUUCACUUUAGUUCUCUUCACUUUUAUCAUCACACUUCUAGACCCCUUACCUGUUGAAGCCAAAGUUUUCAUGAUACUAAUGGAUGAUGAACCUGUUCUCUCUUUCCAAUCCAAGCAAACAAAAGCCAGGUUUCAUUUUUUUUUUUUUUUUUGGCAUAUGCCUCUGUUUUGUGAAGCCUGUCCUCAUGCAACUGGCUAUAUGUUAAUGUUAUGUAGGAUUGAAGAGGAGGGUAUGGCGCACAAAGAAAGAUUGAGUAAUAGACAUGACUUGAUUUUGGAAUCUCUACUCCAGAAAGGCACCUAUACCAAACUCUACAGCUAUACUUACUUGCUUAACGGGGUUGCCGUUCAUGCCGAGUCGGAAGAGAUAUUCAGCAUUCUGAAGAAUGCAAAAGGAGUCAGAACCAUACAUGAAGACGUCAAAAUGGAAAAGCUUACAACACAUACGCCUGAGUUUCUGGGGAUUCCUGCUGGUGUUUGGCCAGUUUUGGGAGGCGCAAAGAGCUCCGGUGAGGGGGUAGUAAUAGGUUUGAUUGACACUGGAAUAAAUCCUCACCAUCCUAGUUUCACAAAUAAUUCGUUCUUGGGAUCUUUACAUAAUACCAAAUUCAGAGGAAAAUGUGCCACUGGAAAGAAGUUCCCUUCAACAGCAUGCAACGGAAAAAUUGUUGCAGCUCAUUAUUUUGCUCGUGCAGCGAUUAAUGCUGGCGAUUUCAAUGCCACAAGGGAUUUUGCAUCCCCCUUUGAUGCUGAUGGUCAUGGAAGCCACACAGCUUCUACAGCAGCUGGAAACCACAAAAUACCAGUGAUUGCCAAUGGCUUCAACUAUGGAAAUGCAAGUGGCAUGGCUCCUGGAGCAAGGAUUGCUGUGUACAAAGCUUUGUAUACCUUCGGAGGUUAUAUGUCAGACGUUGUGGCUGCUGUUGAUCAGGCAGUCGAAGAUGGAGUUGAUAUACUAAGCCUCUCCAUAGGGCCUUCAAGCGUUCCUCCUGGUCCUUCUGCCUUCCUGAAUGUGCUAGAAAUGGAGCUUUUAUUUGCUACAAAAGCUGGCAUUUUUGUUGUUCAAGCUGCUGGCAAUGGAGGCCCUUCUUCCAGUUCAGUACUUUCUUUUAGCCCCUGGAUCACCAGUGUUGCUGCCUCUGUCACUGAUCGCAAGUAUAACAAUACAAUCAUCCUAGGCAAUGGACAAAGCUUCUCUGGCACUGGCCUUGCCCCCCCAACAGCAGGAGAAGCACCCUUCCCAAUAGCUGCAGCAAUUGAUGUCUCACGUAGGAACAUCACCAAUGUAGUAGAAGUUGAAAGCUGUCAACAUCCAGAACAUUUCAUCAGAUCGUUGGUCCGGGAAAAGCUAAUCAUUUGCACGUAUACCUUUGAAUAUGAGGAUGUAAACAUAGCAACUGUUGAAGACACCAUUAAAAAGAUAGGGGCUGCAGGGUUUAUAAUCACAAUGGAUCCUGAUAUUGGUUCUGAGCAGGUCAAGGGUACUACAAUGACCAUGCAAGUCCCUGCAAUAAUCCUCAACAAUGUACAAGCUUCCUCGGCUUUAUGGGAGUAUUAUAACUCAAAAACAAUCAGAAGCAGGAGUGGACAAGCAGUGGUUUUUGCUGCAAGAGCAAGAAUAUUGGAUGGAAGGCAAGCAUUCUUUACUGCACAAGCACCAAUAGUUGCAUCCUACUCCUCUAGAGGUCCUGAUGUGAACAAUGCACUUCUGCAAACUGCUGAUGUCCUCAAACCAAAUGUCAUGGCUCCAGGAUCCUCUAUUUGGGCUGCAUGGAGCCCAAAUAGUGAGGGAGAUCCUAACAUCAAAGGGAAAAACUUCGCACUUGUGUCUGGUACUAGCAUGGCAACUCCUCACGUAGCUGGCAUUGCAGCUUUGAUCAAGCAAAAACACCCGAAGUGGAGUCCUGCAGCUAUCACCUCGGCAAUGAUGACAACUGCUGACACAACUGAUCAUGUUGGCUCUCAUAUUUUAGCACAAUCAACUAACCAGCUAGCUCCUGCUACCCCAUUUGAUAUGGGGGCUGGAUCAAUUAAUCCAGCCCGGGCCAUUGACCCAGGCCUCAUAUUUGAUGCCCAGUUUGAGCACUAUGUUGAGUUUCUUUGUGCUGUGCCUGGGGUGGAUGAUGAUUCUGUAAGACGAGCAGUAGGAAUUGGGUGCCCAACACGGAGAAAAGCAUGGUGUUCAGAUUUGAACACAGCAAGUGUGACUGUUUCAAAUCUAGUUGGGUCAAGAAAAGUGGUUCGAUGCGUAACUAAUGUGAGUAGAAGGAAUGAACUAUACAGAGUGAGUGUAAGAGAACCUUUGGGUGUAAAUAUUACUGUCUCACCAAAAGUUUUCUGGAUAAGAGGUAAUGCCUCAAGGCAUCUUAGGAUUUUGUUGAAGGCAACCAGGGCCACAAGAACCCACAGAUUUGGAGAGAUCGUAUUGCAUGGAAGUAGAAAUCAUGUUGUUAGAGUUCCUGUAGCUGUUUAUGUUAGCACCACUUUGAAGUAAUGAGUGCCCUAUGUUUUCAAGCAUCUCAAAUAUCUGGGACACUUUCCUGAGCCAAAGUUUUCUCAUGCUAUAGAUCUUUUUUUUCUCU